AUGGACUCGUCCCUUGGUCCUCUUUUGGCGGACAUAUUUAUGGCUAAUCUAGAAGCUUUCCAGCUUAGUCGCCAGAUCAAUGGUCUGAGAUACUAUGAACGCUACGUGGAUGAUAUCUUCGCGAUUGUACCUGAAGUAAACGACGUUUCAGUUCCACUGGAAAAUGUCAAUCAGGCGCACCCAACAAUCAAGUUUACUAUGGAAGAAGAGAAAUGCGGAUCGCUCCCCUUUCUGGAUGUGUUUUUGAGUAUAAGGCCUGACGGUAGUACUCGACGUAGCGUCUAUCGUGAGAAGACGUGGUCCGGGCAAUACACCAGUUUUGAGAUUUUCGUAGCGCUAAACAUGAAGCGCAAUUUAGCCCGUUUCCUAACAAAAAGAGUAAGGAAUAUCUACUCGACUGAUAGCAUAGGGGAACCACUUAAGAUUGUUGAAAAUCUCUUUCGCCAGAACGGGUACCCCGACCGAUGCAAGGCCAAGUACAUGACCGAAGGACCACCAAAACUCCCGAUGCUAGCGGCAAAAAAAGAAGACGAUUUUCAUCAGGGUCCCAUUUCAACGGGAUGCGCCAAGCGAACUUCUAAGAAGACGCCUCACUCAAGCGGCAUCCUCACCUUUCCAGCAGCUGACGGCCGUGUCCUCUUCUCCACUAGUCCCAUCCUACGCGCAGAGGGCAAGGAGAAACUGCCGGGCCAGACUACUUUGAUGUGCAUUUACUCCUUCACCUGCUCCUGUGGGGCAGAAUAUAUUGGUCGCAGGAGCCGGCGUUUAUCCAAAAGAAUAAGAGAACAGCUUCCAGCACGGUUAGGGGAGGAUCAAAUAAAGAGCGUCAGCAGCUUCGAUAGUAAUAUAAGUGUAUAG